AUGACCUCCCUCGACGACCGCCCGCCGCCCAUAGUCCACGGCGCAGCCUACAUCUCCCAGCCCCCUCCACCCGAAUCAUCCUUCGCGCAGGACCCCGUGCGGCCCGCGCUCACGCACUCGCACGCGCGGCGCUCGCACAGGAAACACAAGCGCCGCGCGGCGUCGGAGGAGCCGCCCAGCACGCCCGCAUGGACAGAGUCGUCGGGCCCGAGCCCGUACGUCGCGGCGGGCCGGGCGGGCGGCACGCCCUUCGCGUUCCAGAGCCCGCAUCUCGCGCCGGACGACAGUAUUAGCGCCGCGCCGGCGCCCCAGCCGAUGUACGCGAGCUUCGCGAUGCCGCAGGCCGGGCCGUACCCGCCGCCGCCGCCGCCGCCGGUCGAGCAGCACGAUAGGACGAGGGGGAUGGGCGGGCCGUGGCCGAGUGUGCAGGAUAAUGCCGGUGUGGGAGCGAUGGGGAUGGGGAUGGGGGGAUGGACGAGUGUACAGCAGCCGCAACAGCAGCAGGAGGGGUGGACGAGCGGGCAGUGGGACGAGCAGGCUAUGAUGUGGAGCCCCGGCAGCGCGUCCUACUCGUCCGGCCACAGCGGAUUCGUGCCGUCUCCUGGCCCCGGUCAGGGCGCACAACCGGCUUUACUCGCCACGCCCGUCCCGUACCCCGGCACACCCUCGCCCAACCCCAACCCCAAUCCCUACGGACACAACACGCACGAGCAUAGACACGGACACGGGCACCAUCACCAGCAACACCAUAGCAUGAGCUCCUACCCGACGCCGCCGCCGAGCAAUGACCACGGACUCGGACAUGGAUUGCAGCAGAGCUAUUUUCCGACGAGUUAUCCGCCGGCUGCUCAGCUCGGUCCGCCGGCGCUUGCGCCGCCGCCGCCGUACCAGGGGAGCAGCAGGAGCGGCAAGACGCAGAAGAAGCUCGAUACUAUUAUUAGGAGUCCGGGCGAUUUCAAGGACGUCGCUCAUAGACGGUUCUUUGAUCGGCCGGGCAGCUGGCGCCCCGAUUUCAGGAUGCCGCGGAGCGGGCUCGAGGCCGUGUUCAAGAAGAAGGGCAAGACGUUCUCUAUCGCGAUCCAAGAACGCCACCCCUCCGAGCUCUCCCCCAAGCUCCGCUACACCCCCUUCUCCACCGCGCCCGUCCACUACGACAUGCGCCACCCUCCGCUCCCCACGCCGCACCAAACGCACUUCUCCUUCUCGUCCUUACAUAAUCGUCCGCCGACCCCGUACGACCUCGCGGGCUUCGCGACGGAACCGCCGUUACCGCUCAUGAGGCUGUAUCACCCGCGGCUGCCGUGGUAUGUUGAUGUUGUGGCGCAGGACCCGGUGGGCGUGACGCUGAGAGAGGUGUUUGAGGGGAUUUGGGAGGUGAUGAGUCGCCAGGUUAGGGAGAGCGAUUAUUGGAAUAGUGAGGUUGAGGAUGAGGAGAGGGCCAAGAUUGAUCGGGCGUAUGCGAUCCGGUGCACGAUCGACCCGACGGCGAGGCAGGGGGGCGUGCGGAAGGUCGACUUUUUGAUGCGGGAGUGUAUAUUUUUGGGGCUGAGUAAGGGACGGGAGGGGAUGUAUGAGAUGCGGACGCGUAAGAUCUAG